AUGGCAAUGUCGCGUGCCAUGAUCAUUGUGAGAAAAGUCAGACAAGUACAUGUAGCGCUGCGACUGCUCUUGGGAUUACAAUCCUUCCAGAUGCAAACCAGACCUCAAUCACUCGGCACAACCUCAACCAUGGCUCCACAGGUCUUCUUCAUCACUGGUACGAGUACGGCGUUUGGCAACGAGCUGGUCAAGAAGUGCUUGAAGGAAGGUGAUAAGGUUGUGGCCACUGCACAGAACUCGUCCAAGCUACAUUUCGACGGCACGACGAAGGAUAACUACCUCGCUGUUGAUCUUGAUGUAACAGAUCAACGCGCCCGUAGCUCUGUGGACAAGGCAUUCGAUGCCGCUACCAAACAAUUCGGCCGUAUCGAUGUUGUCUGUAACAACGCAGGCUAUGGCCUUGCCGGAGAAUUCGAAUCUGUCACCGAGGAGCAAUCGCGAAAGCAGAUGGAAGUCAACUUCUUCGGUCUGUUGAAGGUCACCCGACGGGCAAUGAAGAUCAUGCGAGAGACGAACAAGCCAGCGGGCGGAAAGAUUCAACAAGUCACAUCGAUUGGUGGACAACGUGGCGUGCCGUUUUUCUCCAUCUACUGCGCUUCGAAGUGGGCAGUCGAGGGGUUGACUGAGGCGAUUAACAAGGAGUUGAAGCCCGAGUGGAACAUCAACUUUACUUGCAUCGAGCCUGGCGGUUUCCGUACCGACUGGGCAGGCCGUAGCAUGGAGUUUGAAGAUGCCAAGGAGCCGGCGUACGACCAUCUGAACGCAAGGGAGACCAUGAGUAAGCGAAAUGGUACACAGGUGGGAGACCCGAUCCAGGGUGCUCGAGCAAUGUGGGACAUUGCGAAGAUGGAGGAUCCGCCCCUGCGAAUCUGCAUAGGCAGCGAUGCGUAUCAAGGAGUGCAGGAUAAGAUCAAGACGUACUCGGAGCUGUACCCCAAGUAUGAGAAGUUGAGCAAAAGCACCGACUACCCAAAGGGUCGAUAG